GUGAACAUGCUCUCUGCCAGGAAGUUGUCUGGAGUCCGCAGAACCAUCAGAUUCCAUAAUUUCAGAUCCCAUUCUGCAUCUAGAACUUCUCCAAACUUGGCUUUCGUGCCAACCUGUCUUCCCCCAGAUCCUAUAGAAGUAGAGAAGCUGCAGCAUUUUGUUUCUAAGUCCAAGAGGCUGUUUGUAAUAACUGGAGCUGGGAUCUCGACUGAAUCAGGGAUCCCAGAUUACCGCUCUGAAGGCAUUGGGCUCUACGCCAGGACAGACAGACGGCCCAUGCAGCAUGCUGAGUUCAUCCGGAGUGCCAGUGCCCGGCAGCGGUACUGGGCAAGGAACUUUGUGGGCUGGCCCCAGUUCUCCUCCUACCAGCCAAACACAGCACACUUGGUCCUAAGAGACUGGGAGAAGCUGGGGAAGCUGCACUGGCUGGUGACCCAGAACGUGGAUGCCCUUCACACCAAAGCUGGGAGCCAGCGCCUGACAGAGCUGCAUGGCUGCACACACAGGGUUUUCUGUCUGGCCUGUGGAGGCCAAAUCUUGCGCUCUGAACUUCAGGAGCAAUUUGAAGCUCUGAAUCCUACCUGGAAAGCUGAAGCAUUUGGUGUGGCUCCAGAUGGAGAUGUAUUCCUGACAGAUGAGCAAGUGUGUAAUUUUCAGGUCCCAGCCUGCUCUAAGUGUGGUGGAAUCCUGAAGCCGGAUGUGACAUUCUUUGGAGACACAGUUUGCCCAGAGAAAGUGAAUUUUGUGCGCCAGCGCCUGGCGGAAUCAGACUCCAUGCUGGUGGCAGGAUCCUCUAUGCAGGUAUACUCUGGUUACAGGUUUGCUCUUGCUGCCCAGGAGAAGCAGCUGCCAAUUGCAGUCCUUAACAUUGGUCCUACAAGGUUAGAUCACUUUGCAUCCUUAAAACUGAAUGCCCGCUGUGGAGAGCUGCUGCCUUUGAUUGUUGUCUGA